CGGGGGCGGGCAGCGCCCGCAACCUUCCCAAGAUGGCGGCGCCGCGCCGCGCCCCUCCCCUUCCCGCCGGCCCCAAGAUGGCAGGCGGCGCGGAGCCGCAGCUGGGCCCGGAGCCGGAGCGGGUGGUGGAGGCGCUGGAGCUGCUGCUGCGGCCGCCCGCCGGGGCCCGUGAGCGGGAUGGCGAGGCCGGCCCCGAGAGCGCCCUGCGGCCGGAGACGCUGCGCAGCAACGCGGCGGCGCUGGAGGAGCGGCUGCGGGAGCCGGGCUGGGCAGCGCUGAGCGGCCUGCGCCGCGCCGUGCUGGCCCGGGCCCCCGCGCUGGCCGCCGGGGCGGCGGCCGAGGCUGAGCCGGGCUGGGCCGCGGCCUGCGGGCUGCUGGCGUUGCUGCUGUGCCUGAAGGAGCGUUUGUCCGCGCUCGCCGCUGCCCCCGCGGCCCCCGCGCCCGCGCCCGGGGCCGCGCCGCCGCCCGGCGCCGACACGCUCAGCGUAGCGCAGGGCCGGGCGGUGGGGCGGGCGCUGCGGGCCGCCGUGGGGCUGGGCCUGGUGCCGUACCUGCCGCCGGGCGUGGGGCAGCGCCUGGGGCCGCCAGCGCCGGCCCUGGCCUCGCCAUCCACCCGCGGGGCCCGGCUCUAUGCGGCCGCCGCCGCCCUGGCCGAGCUGGCCCAGCACCCGGCGCUGGCGACCCCGCUCCUUACGCGCCACCUCGGCCUCCUCCUCGCCAGCCUGUGCCUGCUGGGCCACGGCCCCGCCGCCCUCAGCGAGGGUAUUUCGGAAGCAGAGCGGGCGCGGUGCCGGGAGACCCUGCGGCACGUCCUGGACCGUGUGUACCAGCCGCUGGUGGUGCGGGAGCUGCUCGUCCUGCAGGGCCGGCCCAAGCAGAGUUCUCCAUCUCCUGGGGAAGAAACAAAGGCGUCCCUGGCGCGGGCCCCGGCGUGGCUGCGGCGCCUUUGCGGCCAGCUGCUGUCCGAGAGGCUGAUGAGACCCGGCGGGGUGCAGGCUGUGGUUCGGGGCAUCCUGGAGGGAGCGGGCGGUGGUGCUGGUGCUGAGGCAGCAGCCGUGGACUGGAGGAAAUGUGAUGCAGUUGCGAAGAUCUUGGCUUCCUGCCCACAGCAGAGCCUCUCCCCCCAGGACUACUAUGGGCUGGUGUGCCCACAGAUUCUGGACUUGCUGCACAUCCAGGACAAAGUGACAGCGCGGCAGUUCCAGCGUGUGGCCACCAGCACACUGCUGGCCGUGGCCAGGGAGCAGCCACAGCUGGCACAGCAGCAUCUGCUCCAGCCUCUCCUGACUCCGCUCCGGCGCUGCACCGAGGCACCAGAGCUAGCAGUGGAAGAUUUACCAGCAGGGACUGUGCUGGUGACAGAGGCAGAGCUCAGCAGCUGUGUGGAAGAUGUGUUCAAGGUGUAUGUGGUUGGGAAUGACAGCUCAAGCCUGCUGCUGGGAUCCUUACAGCCAGUCCUGGGAGUGGUUUUUUCGCUCUAUUCCUUCUCCAGGCAUAAUGUGUCAUACUUAAGCUCCCCGUGCCAGGACAUCCUGCUGUGGUUCCUGGAGCAGUCGGCGCGGGAGGCAGCGCUGGCUGUGCUGGAGGCGCUCGCGGGGCUGAGCAGCCGCCUGGGCUCCCUCCACCCGCGGUGCCGCUUCCGCCUGGGCAGCGAGGGCGGUGCUGCCGUCGUGGUGCAGGACACCGUCAGUGAUGAAGAUGAGGCACUCUACCAGAAGAUCUCCUCGGAGCAGUGCCAUGUGGAGAACUUGGUGGAGCUCUUGUCUCACUGCCAGAAGAGUGGCCUAGCUGGAGAUUUCUUUAUCCACUGCCUGAAGGCGCUGACUCGUGUGGCUGCGGAGGACGAGGCGGCUCCGGCCUCGGCUGCGCUGCCUGGGGGGAGUCUCCUGGAGCUGGAGCAGGACCAUGCUGAGCAGAGCAGGAAGCUGCUGGUCCUGCAGCUCGUGGCCACGCUGUGUGAGAGUGUCUCAGACACUGUGUUCACAGACAUUGCUCAGGUGGUGGAGUUCGUGGCAGCCGUGCUGCAGCGGGCCUGUGCCAGCCCGGCACACGGCCCUGGUGCCGCAGUCGAGACACAGACCCUCGCUAUGGCCAUGGGGCUGGUGGCUGCCAUGCUCGGCGGAGCCGUCCAGCUGCAACCCAGCGACUUCUCGGCGCUGAAGCGGCUGGUGCCGUUGCUGGAGGAGCUCUCCCACACCUACCCCGAGCCCCUCACGCAGGAGCUGGCCACCGACCUGCGCAUCGCCAUCUGCACCCACGGGGCCUUCUGCCCCGGGACCGUGGGCAGCACUGCCGCCAGUGUGCUGGGCAGGAAGCCAGGGCCAGGAGCACCGAGCCCCGACAGUGCCGCCAGCGCAGCCACGAGCCCAGGAGGUGUCCGGCCAGCGCCGCGGCACGGCCGCAGCAGCCCCUCGGCUGCCAGGGACGGGAGCGACGAGCGGGGCACGUGCCACGAGACUCCAGCUGCCGACAGCCCGGCCCCGGGGGCGCUGCAGGAGCUGCUGGUGUCAGCCUUCGAGCCACAGCCCCCGGCACGGGCAGCCGCCCUGCGCAGCCUCACCGGCCUCAUCACACAGCGGGAGCCCGAGGCGCUUCGGCGCCAGGACGAGCUGCUGCAGGUGUUCCUGGAGAACCUGCAGCAUGAGGAUGCCUUUGUCUACCUCUCAGCCAUCCAAGGGGACAUGGUGUUGAAGCACCGGGAGCCGCUGGUCCAGGCCUUCCUGCGGGGUGCCCAGGACCCCGACGGCACGCUGCGGGCCAGCAGCCUCUGCAACCUGGGCGAGCUCUGCCAGCGCCUCGGCUUCCAGCUGGGCUCCAUCAUCCACGAGGUCACCUCCUGCCUGACGGCCACAGCCAAGACAGAUCCCGAGCCUGAGGUGCGGCGAGCCGCGGUGCACGUGGUGGUGCUGCUGCUGCGGGGGCUCAGCGAGAAGGCCACCGAGGUGCUGCGGGACGUGCUGCGGGAUCUGUACCGGCUGCUGAAGCACGUGGUGGCGGCCGAGCGCGACGGGGUGACGGUGCUGCACGCCCGGCUGGCGCUGGAGGAGCUGGAUGCCGUCAUGAGGAGGGUCCUGUUCCCGCCGCAGGUGCUGCAGAAGAAGAUCGUGGUGCUGCCGUAGCAGGGCCACAGAAAGAGACUGAGAGACUGUUCCUGCCCAGGCCGAGCGGCUCCCCGAGGGGACGGGUCCGCUGUGUCCCCUGGGUGUCAGCCAGGGAGCAACCCACAGCCUGGGGAGGGUGGGCAGCUGCCCCCGAGCUCCUGUGGCCAGGGCAGGGGCAGGGGGGGCUCACUGGGCCGGGGUGAGGGAUUAAAGACA